AUGCUGGAGACGGACAAAGAGGCUCUGCGCCGGGCCGGUAUCCGCUUCAUGGAUGUGACAGACUACAAAGGACUUGGAGAGCAGAACGCAGUCAUGCUGGCGACGCAAAAGCACAAGCUGCCAGACUUUCCCAAGAAGCUUGCUGAGAGCACGCAUGUCAGGUCGCUCAUUCCCGAACUGUCGCAGAAGCAGAUGAGGACAAACCUAGAGCGCUUCUCGGGCUUUCACUCGCGCUACUACAAGUCAAAGUAUGGCGCUGCUAGCGGCGAGUACCUGUUCAAUCUGGUUCAAAAUAUGACGAGCAGCCACCCAGGCAUCAAGGUUUCACAAUUUGAGCAUCCCUGGGGUCAACACUCGGUGAUUGCUACGCUCAAGGGUGAAACUGAUCAGGUCGUUGUGGUGGGUGCUCAUCAAGAUUCUGCAAACCUGUUCCUGCCUAGCUUUAUGCCAGCUCCUGGUGCAGAUGACGAUGGCAGUGGCACUGUGACCAUUCUGGAAGUCUUGCGCGUUCUGUCAGAUUCUGGCUUCAAGCCUAAAAAUACACUCGUCUUUGCUUGGUUCUCCGCAGAGGAAGGUGGCUUGCUCGGUAGUCAGGCGUACUUUGCGCAUUGCGAGAAGACUGGCGUCAAUGUGAUUGCUAUGCUGCAGCAAGACAUGACUGGCUUCACCAAGAAGACGAUUGACGCUGGCCUGCCAGAGAGUGUCGGUGUAAUCGUUGAUUUUGUCGACCCUGAUUUGACCAACUUCAUCAAGCUACUUGUGGAUGAUUACUGCGACAUCCCCUAUGUGGAGACAAAGUGCGGGUAUGCAUGCAGCGAUCAUGCAUCUGCCACCAAGGCUGGCUAUCGCAGUGCCUUUGUGAUCGAGGCUGCCUUUUCAGAGUCCAACAACUACAUCCACACGCAGCAGGAUGUGAUUAGCAAUCUGGACUUUGCUCAUAUGCGCCAGCAUGCAAUCUUGACGCUUGGCUUUGCAGUAGAGGCGGCAGCUAUCUGA